AUGACUCAGUUCCUGCCGCCCAACCUCUUGGCCCUCUUUGCUCCCCGGGACCCCAUCCCGUACCUGCCACCCCUGGAGAAGCUGCCACAUGAAAAACACCACAAUCAACCCUACUGUGGCAUUGCGCCCUACAUCCGAGAGUUUGAGGACCCUCGAGAUGCCCCUCCCCCGACACGCGCAGAAACGCGGGAGGAGCGCAUGGAGAGGAAGAGACGAGAAAAGAUUGAGCGGCGACAGCAGGAAGUGGAGACAGAGCUAAAAAUGUGGGACCCUCACAACGACCCCAACGCUCAGGGUGAUGCCUUCAAGACGCUCUUUGUGGCCAGAGUGAACUAUGACACGACAGAAUCCAAGCUCCGGAGAGAAUUUGAAGUAUAUGGACCCAUCAAAAGAAUACACAUGGUGUACAGCAAGCGGUCAGGAAAGCCCCGAGGCUAUGCCUUCAUCGAGUACGAACAUGAGCGAGAUAUGCACUCCGCUUACAAGCACGCAGACGGCAAGAAGAUUGAUGGCAGGAGAGUCCUAGUGGAUGUGGAGAGGGGCCGGACCGUGAAGGGCUGGCGGCCCCGGAGGCUGGGAGGCGGCCUCGGUGGGACCAGGAGAGGCGGGGCUGACGUGAACAUCCGGCAUUCUGGCCGCGACGACACCUCCCGCUACGACGAGAGGCCCGGCCCGUCCCCGCUUCCCCACCGGGAUCGGGACCGCGACCGCGAGCGGGAGCGCAGGGAGCGGAGCCGCGAGCGUGACAAGGAGCGGGAACGGCGGCGCUCCCGCUCUCGGGACCGGCGGCGGCGCUCUCGCAGCCGCGACAAGGAUGAGCGGAGGCGCUCCCGGGAGCGGAGCAAGGACAAGGACCGGGAACGGAAGCGGCGGAGCAGCCGGAGCCGUGAGCGGGCGCGGCGCGAGCGGGAGCGCAAGGAGGAGCUGCGCGGUGGCGGAGGCGGCGGCGACAUGGCGGAGCCCUCCGAGGCUGGCGAUGCGCCUCCCGAUGACGGGCCUCCCGGGGAGCUGGGUCCCGACGGCCCUGACGGUCCCGAGGAGAAGGGCCGGGAUCGUGACCGGGAGCGACGCCGGAGCCACCGGAGUGAGCGGGAUCGACGCCGGGACCGAGACCGGGACCGGGAUCGCGAGCACAAGCGGGGGGAGCGAGGCAGUGAGCGGGGCAGGGAUGAGGCCCGAGGUGGGGGCGGGGGCGGCCAGGACAACGGGCUGGAGGGUCUGGGCAAUGACGGCCGAGACAUGUACAUGGAGUCCGAGGGAGGCGACGGGUAUCUUGCUCCGGAGAACGGGUAUUUGAUGGAGGCUGCGCCAGAGUGA